UCUAUAAUCAAUUUUCAUCUCAUCUCAUCUUUCAUUUCGAUUUCUCAAUUUCCCGAUCACUACUCAACAAACUAAUUCAAGGGUUCCGAGCAAAUAUCCGACAAAGUACAUGGUUGAUAUAGACAUCCAGGUCCCCACUACUUUCGAUCCAUUCGCUGAUACAAACGACGAUUCGGGUGCUCCUGGAGCGAAAGAAUACGUUCAUAUUCGUGUACAACAGAGAAAUGGUAGAAAAAGCUUGACGACAGUACAAGGGCUGAAGAAAGAAUUCAGCUACGAGAAAAUCCUAAAGGAUCUGAAGAAAGAAUUCUGCUGUAAUGGGACAGUGGUUCAAGAUAAAGAGUUAGGGAAGGUUAUACAACUCCAGGGUGAUCAAAGGAAGAAUGUUUCAAGUUUUCUGGUUACGGCUGGGAUUGUGAAGAAGGAUCGUAUUAAGAUACAUGGUUUCUGAAAACCCUUCUUCAAAAGCCAACCUUGUUACAUGCUUCCUCGUUCAUCCCGUAAGUUCCUCGCUGUGGUUUGCUUGUUGAAUUUCUGUAUUUUACUAUUACUACUAUAGUUGCUUGGAAGAAGAAUAUGCAAUGGAAAUUACUAUGAUAAUAAUAAGAUUCUCCAUCUUUAAUAAAUUAUUGCAUCUUUUUUUCUCU